AUGGCGUUGAAAUUCAAUCAAGAUCUGGGUCAGCAUAUUUUGCGCAAUCCUGGUAUUGUUGAUAAAAUAAUAGACCGUGCUGAUAUAAAAUCAACCGAUACAGUUCUAGAAAUUGGAAGUGGCACAGGAAAUCUUACAUUGAAAUUGCUUGCCAAGGCAAAAAAAGUUAUUUGCUACGAAUAUGACAGAAAAUUGGCUGCCGAACUGAUUAAAAGGGUAAAACAUGCAGGAUUAUCUCAUAAAAUGAAACUUUUUAUAGGUGAUUGCAUGAAGAGCGAUUUUCCUCCAUUUGAUCUUUGCGUGUCAAAUAUUCCGUAUCAAAUUAGCAGUGUUUUGAUUUUCAAACUUUAUAAAUACCAUUUGAGGGCGGCCAUACUUUUAGUUCAGCACGAGUUUGUUGCCAAGCCGAACUCCUCAGCUUAUUCAAGAUUAAGUGUGUCUAGUCAACUUUUCUCAAAAAUCAAUUAUUGUUUCAAAGUCUCAAAGAAGAAUUUCAAUCCACCACCAAAGGUAGAAAGCGCCGUUGUAAAUAUCAAAAAACGACCUGACGAACCGAAAAUAGAUAUUUUAGAGUUUACAAAUUUCCUUAAAAUAUGCUUUAAACGUAAAAAUAAAACACUUUCCAGUGUUUUUGCUGAUAAUUCAAUUUUAAAAUUGGUUAAUAUUCAAAAAGAGGAUCUACCAGAUCUGUUACAGUCCUUUUCUUCUCAUCGAGCUAAUAAGUUAGAGAUAGAAGAUUUCCUCCAGAUAUUUUUACUUUUUAAACAGAAAAAAAUCAUUUAUCCUAAAUUAUAG